AUGAAAUGUAAUGGAAAAGUAGGUUAUUUUUUAAAUCUGAAAAAAGAAUAUGGAGAUAGAGCUGAUAUAAUAUUUAAAAAAUUAGAAGAAAAAAAUGUUCAGGGUGCAUUUAUAACAGAUUUUAUAAAAAUUGAUUUUAUUAAUAUAACCAAAGUUUUAUUAUUUUUGAUAAAAAAUAAUAAGGUAAGAACUUGUUUCGAUGGCUUAUAUAUUGACAAAAAAUAUAGUAAUUUUUUUUUUCUUGAAAAUGAAAAAGUUUUUAAUGAAAUAGACAAAAACGAGAAAAGCAAGAAAAAUGACGAAAUUGAAAAAGUUGAUGAAAACAUUUUAGUUAAUAAUGGAAUAAAUUUAUGUGUAAGCAAUUCUGAGGAAAUACAAGAUGAUUUAAAUAAGUCUAAAUGUAUAAAAGGAAAUAUGAAAAAUAAUUUAAAUGAAAAUACAAAUGAAUAUCUAGAGAAUAAUUCAGAAAAUGCCAAAAAUUAUUAUAAAAAAAUAAUUAUACAAAAAUCAGAAUUAUUAAAUAUAAAUGAUAUUAUGAAUUAUGAUGGAAGCAUUGAAAAUAUCAAUAAAAUAAUGUAUUAUUUAAAUCCUUGCUCGGUUAUAUCAGCUUACUUCAUGAAUAUAAAAAAAAAUGAAUGUGUGUUAGAUAUGUGUGCUUCUCCUGGUGGCAAGUCAUUAGUUAUAGCAAAUAAAUUAUUUGGCUAUGGCUCAUCUCCAUUAAAUAGAAUUAAUAAUAUUAAUAUAAAUGAUAAAGAUAUUGAAAUAAAUUGUUGUUUAAAUAUGGUUAAUUAUUAUAAAAUGAAUAGAGAAGGGUUAUUAGUUAUUAAUGAAUAUAAUAAAGUUCGAUAUGAUAGAUUAAAACAAGUAUUAAAUAAAUACUUACCAAAUGAUUUAACUAAUUCUAAUAAUAUACAUAUAACUAAUUAUAAUGGUUUAAAUUUAAAUUCUUUCAUGAGAUUUCCUAAAUUUCAUAAAAUUUUGUUAGAUGUUCCUUGCUCUUCUGAUGGGUAUUUAUUAAAAAAAAAUACUAAUGAUAUAAAAAAGUGGUCUUUUAAUAUUAUUAAAAAUAAUUCUAAUGUCCAAAUUAAAUUAUUGUAUAACUCUUUUCAUUUACUUCAUUUAAAUGGUUUUAUAAUUUAUUCUACAUGUGCAUUAUCACACUAUGAAAAUGAUUAUGUUAUUGAAAAAUUAUUAAAAAAAUUUGGAAAUCAAGUUAAAAUUAUUGAUUUCAUUGAAGAAGAAUUUCAAAGACAAUAUAAAAAAAUUUUGUAUAGUCUUCAAAGAAAUAAUAAUAUGAAAAAUUAUGUAACAGAAAAUAUUUCUGAUAAAACAAAUGAUCUUAAAUCUGAAAAUAUAUAUAACAGUAAAGAGGAUAAUGAUAAAAAUAAUCUUAAAAGUAGUGUUUCUAAUAAUUGUAACUCUGAUGAUAGUAAUUUUAAUUAUCAAAAUUCUAAUGAUCACAAUAAUAGCACAUUUUACAAUAAUAAAUUUAAUGAAUUUAAAGAAAAAAGUAAAUUUUUAAAAUUUUUUGAGAAGACAAAAUAUGGUUAUAUUUCUUUACCUGAUAAGUCCCCAUUUGGUAUUUUGUAUAUUUGUAAAAUUCAAAAAAUUUAA